UGUGCAUCAGUCCCUGCCAAGAAAGGCCAGGUAAGCGCUGAACACAAUUCCUUAUCUGCCAAACUGAUAACAAGAGAAAGGUUAUCUCUGAUUAGUGAACAUCCUCAAUAAGCCAAGUCCUCCCCCACCAAGAAAGGUCUCUACCCCCUCCUGCUGCUAAUUGGGGAGAUAGCCUGAAAGAUGCUUGUGUCCACCUGGAGAUAUAAAAAGAGCUCAGGUACACUGAGAGAAGCUGGCAAGAGGGAGUUGUGCUGCUGCAGGGGACUCCCUUCCUGUAUCGCAGAGCUCAGUCAUGCACAAGUUCCUCCUGGCUCUGGUGCUUGGGGUGCUGCUCUCAGAGAAAUGGCUGGUGAGUGAAGCCAGGACACCCCCCUAUGGCGUUAAGCUGUGCGGCAGGGAGUUCAUCCGUGCUGUCAUCUUCACGUGUGGAGGAUCCCGCUGGAGACGAGCAGGAAAUCUCAGUGCCCUCCUUGGUGGAGAUUCUGCAGAAGCCUUUGAUGCAACAUCAUCAUCCAAUGAAUGGAAUCCAGUCCAUUCCUCCCCACAGGAUCCCUCUGACAGUUAUGGGAGCUGGAGAGGCCAGCAGAGCUAUGCCCUCUCUGAAGAGCCCUGGCCUUUGGCUCGUGGAGCCCGAGAUAUUAUGGCAGGCCUGAGCAAUGCCUGUUGCAAGUGGGGCUGCAGCAAGCGUGAAAUCAGCUCUUUAUGUUAGAUAGCAGUCUGCGCUUAUUGCAUGUG